AUGUCUUACUACAAUGUCUACCCGAACCCAACCAUCGACUACGUCGUUUGCAGCGACUGCGACGCCGCCACCUUCGCCUGGCUAGCAGACGUGUUCCCAUGUGUCGAAUGCGGCAGCGAGAACUUUGAGUUGCCUGAGUCCACAUUAGCAGCGGAGGACAACAAGGAGACGGAGGAUGGUGCUAGGAAGCGAAAGCGGUCAGAGAAAGAUGAUCGUCAUCGUGGAGGAAAGCACGGUUGA